AUGUGGGGUUUGGAUGAGUUAUUUGACAAAGCGCUGGAGUUACAGUACCGGCUUUGUGUUUGAGGGAUAUACCUCUUUUGAUUUGUUAUCGAGAAGCGGACACUUUCUUCAGCUCUUCAAAGCACAGAGAUGGCCGCCUUAUACGCCUGCACGAAGUGCCACCAAAGAUACCCAUUUGAGGCUCUUUCUCAGGGACAACAGUUAUGCAAGGAUUGUCGUAAUGCGCAUCCUGUGGUAAAGUGCACUUAUUGUAGAAUGGAGUUUCAACAAGAGAGCAAAACAAACACCAUCUGCCGUAAAUGCACCCAUAAUGUCAAAACCUAUGGAACGCCUAAACCUUGCCAGUACUGUAACGUAAUUGCUGCUUUUAUUGGAAGUAAAUGUCAGCGCUGUACUAAUUCUGAGAAGAAAUAUGGUCCACCACAUACUUGUGAACAGUGUAAACAGCAGUGUGCCUUUGACAGAAAGGAUGACAAAAGGAAGGCAGAUGAUAAGCUGUUGUGCUGGCUUUGCACUCUGUCUUACAAACGUGUUCUCCAGAAGACCAAAGAACAGCGCAAGCACUUGAGUACCUCCUCUGACCCUGGUUUGCAGAAGGCUCCAUAUGCUAGACAUGCUAGUAACAACAACCAUUAUAACAGUCAAAAAACAUUGUCUACAUCAUCUAUUCAAAAUGAAAUUCCUAAGAAGAAAACCAAGUUUGAUGACAUCAUAGCCAAUGAAGAUAGUUCUUCUCCAUAUCUUGCCUUUGACUCCCCUGGAACAAGCCAGCUUACAGUUAUAACCCAGCUGAAAGAAGAGGUGGCUGCACUCAAAAAGGUUUUGCUCCAAAAAGACCAGCUAAUGCUUGAAAAGGAAAAAAAGCUCACAGAGUUAAAAGCUGAAUUUCAGUACCAAGAAAGUCAAAUGAGAAGUAAGAUGAAUCAAAUGGAGAAGGCUCACAAGCUUAUAGUUGAACAGAUCCAGGUCAGAAACCGAGAUCUUAUAAAACAGGUGGCUUCACUGUCUAAAGGAAAACGAAUGGAGAGGCUGGGAGCAAUGACAUCACCUUAGAAAUGGUGUAAAGCUCAAAACUAAAAGGAGGAUGUUAUCUGGAAGUCAAUAGUUGCCAUUGUAAAUAAUUUCAAUAUUUUAAUAUAUGCAAAUCUUGUUUUAAUUUUAUAUUAAGUGUACAUGUGUGGUUUUAAGAAAAGGGAAACACAAAUACAAUAGAAUUGAAUGGGUGAUUACACAAUUUAAGAUUCAGAAUAAGAAUUUUUUUUGCUGUUUGUAGUCGCCAGAAGAUAUUUGUAAACUGCUGAACUCCAAGAACAGUGUGUACACCAAUCCAACCAAAUCUGUUUUUAAAGUUCUUGUUCUGGAAGGAAUUACAGUUGUAUAGAUUUUUAAUUCAGAUUGUUUAUACUAAUAUAUUCUUUCAAAACAUACAGCAAAUACAGUCAGGAUGUAUUUGGACAGUGAUACAACUGUCAUAAUUUUGGCUCUGUAUGACAUCACAAUGGAUUUGGAGUAAAGUAAUCAGGAUGUGAUUGAAGCAUAGACUUUUAGCUUUAAGUGAAGGGGUUUAACAAAAAUAUUGUAUAAGCUUUUUAGAAAAGACACAUUUUUAUACAUGGUCCCCCUGUUUUCAGGGGC